UCUUCUAUGUUGUAGAAAUCUACUUUGUAUCACGAUUUACAAAGAAAGUGUCACAAUACAUCGAGAUUGAAACACGUUCCAAUUCAAACGUGUUCGAUUCAAACGCGCUAAAUGUACCGCCGUGACAAUGUUGAAUGAUAUACAUCGCUGCGAUAAUAUCCUCAGGAAUUCCUGCUAUAAGACUCGACAAUUCUUCUCUCCCGCGUCAUCAGUAGCGCCAGGUGCCAGGUGCAACAGCAACAGGUCGUGCGCGUUGAGCACCGCUGCAGGUAAAACACAGGUAAUAUACCUGCCCGAGGCUACGAGUCCAUCCCCACCUGAGGUCCGGUUCUCUCUCCUUGCUCUCUCGGCCGGCUCUCCGGCUGGCUUUCCUUCGAGGUGAGUCGGGAGUCAAGCCGUUAGUAUCGUUGCCGUUGUGACUGGAAUGGUGGUGUGAUGUGCAUCGCGACGAAGUGCGCAUCCUGAAGGACAGCGAAGUACGUGGAUAUUACGCACAGAGGCAGUUGAAGAGGCCCUUCCUCCCCCUGAUUCCCCGCUAUCGAAUCUCUUUUCAUCCCCCGGUGCUCGCGUGAGAUCGAGCAAGAUCGAGAGAGCCGCGUGCCCGCGUUCUCCAAAAUCCCCCCGUGGUCCAGCUCUCCUCUUCGCAGUUCGUGGUGCGCUUCAUGGCAGCUUCAUCUUCGCGCUGAUGCCCACAUACAGUCGGUAGCAAUAAUCACCACGUAAUCGCGGUGAGUGCGAGGUGAAGCUAACGGAAGAGACGAGAGAAAAAGAGAGACCGAGGAUAUUCGACGAAGAAGAGAGAAAGGAGAGAACGAGAAAAGAUAUCGAAGAUAAAAUAUCAAGAUGCCGUGCUCCGCAGUGACGCUGUCUCUUGCCACCAUAACCGGUAUAAUCGCCACUGCUCUGCUGGCGAUCGCCUUCUCCACGGACAACUGGCUCUACACCGAGGUCAAGCGCGCUCAGAUCCAGCAAUACGCGAGCAAGCAUGCCGAACAAAGCCAUUUGGUGGAACAAAUGAACAUGAAAUAUUAUUACUUCACAAGGACUCAAGGUCUAUUUAGGAUAUGCUAUCCUAAAGAGAGACCACCAACGGUCGAAACUUAUCUGAGCCCCGUGGAGACACAUUGCAUGAAUAUUGAUUAUUUCAUUCCCGAUGAAGAAAACCAAACCAGAGGCUUCUCUGACGAUGCCAUGACACGAUUACAUAUGGGGAGAUCCGUGAUAGCUCUAUUCAUGGUCGCCUUUCUUGCGAUAUUUUCGGCAUUCUGGACAGGAGUAGUGGGCUGCUGGAGAAGAUCAGCAGGGAACAUCACGGCUACAGCAAUUCUAAUGUUAUUCGCCUGUCUACUGAGUGCUGGUGGUAUGGGCCUCUGGCAUGGCGUCGAGUAUUAUGAAAAAGAAAAAAUCGUCGGAGAGGAAUAUUAUCAGCAAUGGAGCAACGUUUUAAGGGACAAUACGGCGCAAUGGUACGACUGGUCGUUUUACCUCGCCUGGCUGGGGGUAGCUACGUGUCUGGGCACAAUGACGCUAUUCCUGAUCGCAGCAUCCUGCCUAAGAAGGGAGCGUGCUCGCGAGCAGGCCCAGAACGUUCAGUACAUCAUGCCAGUGUACCCGCAGAAGCAGCAGUACGCGUAUGCCGGAUAUCCGGCACCGGCGGCGUAUCCAGGACCGUAUUAUCACGGUUCCCAAUACGGGCCUUACAAUUACUGAAGGAACUCGGCCGAUCGGCAUCGAUGGAAAGAAAGUAUCCCGAGCACAUCAGUGCUCGUCGCUAACAUCGAAAAUUCGCAUCACUUAGCAGAACGAGGACCAAAAAUAAACACGAAAUCUGAGAAACUCGUCAAAGUCGAUCCGUGAUCGCGCUCCGUGAUGCAAAGGAUCUAUCGAUCUGAAGCGAUCGCGUCGAUCUCGAACGUAAAUUGAAUUUCAUUUUAAAAUUCGUGGCUUCGGAUAUUACGCGAAAUGUAAAAACGCCACGAGAUCCCCAAAAUAUAGCUCUUUUCUUCCCGCGAUAGACCGAUCGUUUGACUCCAUCCGACCAGAAGCAAAAAUUCCAGGCAAUACGAAAAUCCGAAAGAUGUCCGAGAGAAGUCCAAAAGGAAUCUGAAAAAUGAGGGAUUCCCUUUGGACUUUUUUUUACUGCAUCUUUUGGACGUUCGCGUUGUUCGGGAAGCUCGACUUGCGCGAGACGGUUGCUCAAAAAAUACGCGUAUAUUACACUUUAGAAGCGAGAUUACUUUGUAUUUUUCCAGUUCGAUAAGUAAGAUAUCAAUCAUCCCUCACGCAUCUUUCCCAUGUGUGCUUAUCGCAAGGGAGAUACGCGUUCCCAUCGUACAUCGUUUCCAUCGGACUCCGAUCGGUUUCACCGAGCUUUCUCGCAUUCCCAUUAACGAGCGUUACAUGGGUGAUUCAUUCAUCAUGGUAACGGUCCCUGGCAAAAAGAGAAGGCCUGACAGAAAAUGCAAUCGGGCGAUCACCGGAUUUAAUGGACGUUACUCGCCUCGAUGAAACUCGGUAAAAACAGUCACGAGUCUUGUAAUUGAUUCGAUCGACCAUACGUUGAUUGAAUUUAGAUCCGAGAAGCUUGGCUCGCGUCGAUGGGCGUCGCGCGUUUAUUAUUAUUUAUUUAACGCGAUCGAAACUCAAGUUUCUCUUUCGAGAAGAGGACUGUCGAGCGAGCGAAGCGAAAAAUGACAUAACGCUCUCAUCUCCUUGGUAGUACCAAAUAUUAAAUAAAUAUCCUGACUCUAAAAAUAAAUAUCGCGAUUUCGCGAGAAUAUUUGUUUUCGCACCGCGAACUUGGUUUUAACACUUUCGAAUCCAAUUCGGAACAACAGAUUUAAGUUGAAAGUAUCGACAUACGUAAUUAGAAUAUAAGUGAUUUGAAGGAAAAUUAUAGGUCAGGUCACUUUAUAUUAAUUGUACUUCCAAUAAAAAUCUAUCGUUCCAGCCGUUGAUGUGCGUGCACGAUGCGAAAUUUGAUUAAAUAAAUUAAAAAUUCAAUUUGAAAAUGUUAAAACUAUUUUCUCGGGCGUAUACAAUCUACGUAACGUAAAAUAUAAAUGUUUAUGUAAUAUAUGGUGCUACUAGGAUCGUUACGCGAUAACAAUUCGCAAAGUUCGUCUAAUACAUAGCUCUUUGAUAAUGUUGAUUUUUGUAAGGUUCAUUACAUCGAUACUUCUAUGUAAGAUGUUUAGGAAGUAAAGAAAAAUAUUACAAUUAUUUUA